CUAUUUAUUUUGACAUUGACAACAUAAUUUUAUUUGUCCCGGAUGGAUAUAAUUUGUGUUUAGAACUUUUCUUUUCCCUUUAUAUUUAUUAAUUUUGCAGAUUUUUUCACCGAUGGUAUGACAAUUAUUGAGGCUCUAGGCCUCUUUAAAAAUGGUUCUAAACGCCGCCGUGCAAAUGUUAAGAGAGGCAGAGGAGUUGAAACAAAAAAUUUUAAAAUUUAACAGUGGUACCUCACUGCUGCAGGACAAAACUCUCUGGGCCAUGCAGCAACAACUGCAGAAGGUAUAUCAAAAAGUUCUGGAACUGGACCUAGAUUAUGCCCUCGAGAAGAAAGUAGAACAAGAUCUGUGGAAUGUUGGUUUUAAACAGCAAAUUGAAGCCUUACAGGCCAUCUCAAAAGAUAGAAAGAAUGCACUCAAGAAUGAAGCUCAAGCCAUGCUAUCAUGGGUGCUACAAGCGGCGGCGGGAUUUUACCUCUGCUUAUUACACCAGAUCUGUACCACAUUCAAGUUAGAUCUUCCAUUUAGACGGCGCGCUUCCCUAUUGGGUGCGGUAGAAGGGUGGGAGGCCAGUGGCGCGGUGGUAGCCGGUGCAGGUGGUCCAGCGGCACGAUACGCAUGUCAACAUUGCCUAGUACACCUUGGAGACCUAGCCCGCUAUCGUCAGCAGCUGCGUGUGGCUCACACCUUCUACAGACACGCGCUCGCAGUGUCUGUACACUCGGGACAGCCAUACAACCAGCUGGCGCUGGUGUCGUGGCGGCGCGGGCGGCGGCUGGCGGCGGUGUACUGGCACGUGCGCUCGCUGCUCGUGCGCGCGCCCUUCCCCCCCGCGCCCACCAACCUGUCGCGCACCCUGGCCGCCGCUGCCAGUCGUGACGUGAGAGAGGCGCCGCUGCCGGUGCUGCCGGGGCUGGGGGCGGCGCCGGGGGCGGGGCAAGCUCCGCCCUCCGCACCCGAGCGCCUGGACGCGCACUCGUACGUCAACGAGCUCGUGCGCGCCGUGCACUACCUGCACAGCGUCGAACAGUUAGAGACAGCUGCAGAGCUGGUGAAGACACUGAGCACUUCGCUAUCACCGCUCAUAGCUGCAGAUAGUUUUGACUCUAUGACGCUUGUAAAGAUGGCGUGUGUGCUGAUAUGGCUAGUGCAGUCGUCCACUGAAGAUUUCGCAGUGGAGCUGAGUGCGCUCAGCGAAGGCGAGGCCACAGCGGCGAAACUUGCCGCUUCUCUCUCGGAGGCGGUUCUGCUGGCGCUGCUGUUGCCGGCGUACACCGCCGAUGAGCCGCCGCAGAAGGCUCUACCAGCUGUGAAGGUGUGGCUGCAGUGGGCGAGCGCGCACGCGGCGGCGGCGCGGCCGUGGGGCGGCGCGCUGUGGGCCGCGCUCGCGCACGUGUGCGGCCAACUGGCGCCGCGCGCGCUCGCCUGCGACACCUACGACUCAGUGCCUUUGCCCGAAGACGAGGAGUUGAAUGGCUUUCUACCUUUAGAAGAAAGUUUCAAGGACCUUAAAUUCAACAACAACUGGGACUCGUCUAGCGUACCGGACUCGGAUCCUAGUGAUGAUGAAACGGGGUGUGGGUCGUCGAGCCCGUUCGUGUGCGAGCCGGAGCGCGAGGCGGGCGCGCGCGCCCGGCGCCUGCUGCGGCUGGCGGAGCGCCUCGCGCGCCUGCACCCCGCCCGCCUCGCCGCCCACGCCUCUGAGGACGGGACGUUGCGCGUGGAGGCGGUGGGUCGCGGUGCGGCGGCGCCGGAGGUUCCGGCGGCGCUGCUGGAGCUGGCGCGCGCGCGCUCGCCGCCCGCCCCGCCUCCGCCGCCCCCGCCCCUCAUCAUCUCUGAGGCUGACUUCCGGGAGAAGGUCCGCGAAAAGCGCGUCGGUAUCCUGAAGCCUCAGGGCUCGCUGGAGCGCGCGCGCGAGGAGAGGGCGCUCGCCACCGCGCAGGACGAGCCGGAAGUUGAAAGUACCGACGAGAGUAGUAAGAGCGAGGAUAAGAAGGAGGCUCGCAAGCCCCGAGUCAACAUCGCUAUGGCGGCCAUCAUGAGAAAGCAGGAGGAGACUAACAAGCAGGUUAAAUUUAUAACACCGCCACCAACACCGGAUUCACUUGGCGAAGCGAGUGAUAACGCAAUCAAGGAUGAUAAACCGAAAAUGAUUCAACCGAAGCCAGUCAAGUCUCUCGCUAAUUUACCAGUUGGAAGGAAAACGGGUGGUAUUCUGUCGUUAAAAGAUAAGUCUGCCGGAUAUCCACAUUUACAGAAUGCAGAACCGGAGCCUAAAAAGACUGAAAAAGAAGAAAAAAAAGAAAGUAAAACCACUCCACAUAACAGUUCAAACUCCCAAAACUUUCAACCAAAGAGAGAGCAAUCUUCUAAUACUUGGCAAAACCAGCCAGUUCAGAACUAUAAUGAAGGUCCUAGGGUGUCACUUCAGAAAAACUACGGCAUCCAAAAUACUGGUCUCAGUUAUAAUCCGAACUAUCAAGCACCGGUUGUUAACAACCAAGGAAUAAGACUCCCUGUAGUCAAUCCAAAAGAAAUUGACGUUAGAACGGCCGCACUCCAAAAGCAGAAUUCAAGACAAGAACUCUUCCAAGAUGGUCACAAAUUUGGCAACCAAGGAUACCAAAUGUCGGGUGGUAAAAAGAACUUCUUAAACGAUUUACCUCCCAGAUUCGCCAACCAGUAUCGUUACUGGCAAACUGCUCAAGAGAAUCAAUAUAAUGAUAACAAAUUUAGAGACGAUAGUCCAAAAAAUACCUCACCGUUGAACGCUCAAGCUCCGCGGCAAAAUUGGCCAGCCCAGCCAAAUGAAAAUUUCCAACAGCCAAUGUCGUGGUGGAAACCAGAAAAUCACCCCAACUUCAAUCCUCAGAAUUUUGCCAGUCCAUCUAUGAAUAUGCCAAACUUUUAUUCUCCUUUACCGUCGAAUAUGUCCAAUCCAUACACAAACAUACCUUAUAACCAAAUGCAAGGUCAAAACCUGAACCAAAAUAUGCCAAACGUUGGGCAAAACUUAGGCCAGAACAUACAGACUAAGCCUGAAAACUUGUCACCUAACUUCCUUCAAUCGGCAAUCGGUCAACCUCAAAUACAAACUCUUCAAAAUUUGGUUACGUCUCCGACCUUUAACUCGACUAUGAAUAAUUUUGGUCCAUACAACGCGCCGGUGAGCUACGAUUCCUCGAUGUAUCCUCAGUUUAAUAAGCUCGGAUACCAGCCCCUACAGAUGAACAUGAUGGACAAGCAAAAUUUUCAAGGGCAAGGAAGUAAGGAGUUAGAAGUGGGACUUAACUUCGGCAACAACGUGUUAGACGUGCAACAGAGAACCGUUAAUUACACCGAGCCCUACAGCAAUGAAGGUGCUGCCAUGAAAAGCUUAGACGAGGCCGGAGUGAGUAAAAUCGAUGCGGCGGCAGCGACGAGCACGUACUCGCUGUUCAGCGGCGCGCCCGACGCCGCCUGGCCGCCGCGCCGCGCGCAGUCUCUGUGGUCGGGGCCGGGCCCGUCCCCGCUGGAGCGCCUGUUGGAGCAACAGAAGCAGAUGAAGCAGCCGCCCGCUCCUCACUGACAGCGACGACCGCAUUCCGUCUGAACUUUCUUUUACAUUGAAAUGUUCGAAUAAUGCCAGGAGAACUUGAGUACAUACAUACAUAUAUACAUAACCGCUAAUGCCAUUAAAGUUUUCAGAAGAUUAAUCGUUACAUAUUCAAUAAUAAAUCUUUAUAAAUUUGGUGUUGCUGUCGGUUUGGCAGUUUUUACCGCGUCGUGUUUAAUAAGCAAUAAUUUAAACAUUAAAUUCUAUUUUUUUUACAUACAUAGUCCUUUUUGAGUUGUUAUUAGUAAACUUGUGAUAUGUAGAAUAUAAGAAUUACACGUUUUAUGUUUAGACCUAUUUCACUUGAAAACUAAAAAUUUAUUUUAUUCAAAUAAAUUUUCACAGCACGUCAUUAAUUACUGUUGACCACUCUGGUUCUCAUGGCUUGAAAUUUUUGAUUUCCUACUAAUAUGAUUACGCUUUGAAUUAUGAUACGAAGUAUAAACGCUAAUUGUACGUUAUAUAUAUCGUUUACGUGAAAAUCAAUAUUAAUACAAUAAUGACGAAAUAAUGCAAACUUAUGAUUCGAUAUGAUUCAUUAAAAGACACCAGUAAUGUAAGGUCUGCAGCGAGAGUUAUAUCACAAUAAUAUUUUAGACUUGUCUUUUGUCGUUGGUCUUUUAUAAAUGUUUUUUAUAAAAAAAAUUAGGACACUAAGCCUGACCGCGCACGGUUUUAGUGAAGAGUGGAAUUGUCAUUUUAAUAGAAAGUAGUCGUUUGGGAAUGUUUCAUAAUAUUGUCCAGUAAAUAUUGAUCAAAUUUCAAUUUGCUCAAGUUGUUCGCUUUUAACUUAAAUUUAGACCAAAAAUUAUUUUAAUUUUAUAGUUUGUAUUUUAAAGUUUCAUACAAAAUUUUCAUUAUCGAAACAUGUAAAUUCAAACCUUGAGUUAUUUGAUCACAUUUACUAGUGGCUAAAUGACGUGUACCAAUAUGUGCUAAGUGGAAAUCAUUAUAACCAUUGUGGGUGGGAUAUUUUGUAAUAAAGUUAUUUUUGUUAUAA